CAAGUCGGUACGCCGCACGCCACAAUCCGCAGCGCUUGGAGUCUCAGUCCAGUUUGGCACUCGCUUAGCGUCGGACGUGUCUGGUUUGUUGGAGAGCUCCCGGAGGUUUCGGAUUAAGCUUAGAACGACUGCGUGUGAGUGUGUAUGUUCGUGUUUCUCAAGUGAGAGUGAAAGAACUUUACUGCUGCUCGUUGGAGGCGUAAAUCGCGAAGAAGUUCUGCUCGUUCCAGAUCAGUUUGGAUGCUGAGCUCGACCGGAACGGGUCAGCUGCAGGGAUUUACGUUGCCGGGUCUUGGAAGUGUUGUAUCGCGGGAUCGACUUUGAGAUUUAGUCUAAAGUGGCUUGUAAAAGCCUAAGCCCAUCAAUCAAUCCGUUUGACUUUAAGUCACCUCUCGCAGGUGUUGAUAUCGGGGGACGUUUUUAUUAAAGUGUCAAAAGAGCACUCUUGGAGUGGAUAUUCGGUUGUAAAGUGGUGUCGUGUUUUUUUUCAAAGUGAUUGGUGUUACAAAAACAGUUUUUUGUUGCUGUAGAAGAAAAUAAGCCACCGAGCCGAGCCAAGAGCGCGAGACGACAGGUUGAAGAUCUCCCCCUCCUUACCCACAAGAAAGCUGACCGGUGGAGCUCUAGAAGGGCAGGCGGAGCAAUUCAACCGCUCAGCUGGCAAAAGAGAUUUGGCCCGGAGGCGAACAUUGUUGUUCGAACGCCGCGCGAUGAAGCUAUCAAACUGCGAUGCUUAACAAGUCAAUAAACGUGUCGAGAAACCGAUUGGCCCCAGCAGUUGAACCCUGCGCGGAGUCCGUGCGAUACCAGUAGCAGCGAGAGCAAGGCUCGACGGCCGGCCGGCAGAAGUCGAAAAUCAAAUAAAUAAAUUUAUUAUCAAAUCAGGUCAAUUUGUAUUAAGAAGAAAUACAAGUGUGUCUGUGUGUUGUUAAGUGAGAGUUGAGUGAGUCGAGUUGAGUGUGCUCGACAAAUCAGCAGUUGGAAUGCAGCAGCAUCAGCGGUUCUUCUGCGACGGUGCGUGACAAUGUGUGAAAAGUAUAACUCUCAAUCUUAAUCCGCGCGCUCGGGCACACAAAGUUUGUAAUGUACAGUCGCCGAGAGUGUUCAGCAAUUGCAAGUCUGUGAAAACGCAUCUCUAUUCAAGGGUGAAAUCGGCGGGGUACUAAUCAGCAGUGGCAACAGCAGCAGCUCAAUCUCACAUUACCCUCUCGCGCGCGUGUGUGUGUUGGGAAGGAAGAUGCGCAAGUGAUAUCUGUUCGCGCGUUUUGUACUGAGUAGUCACUGGUCGGAGUGAUAAUAGAGACGUUCUGUUUUGAACCGGUUCGCGCCACCGCGAGUAAACAAAUCCUCCGGCGUGUACUACUAACAGAGUGCCCAGUGUGGCUUUGAGAGAGCAAUAAAUCAAACCGAAACUGUCAGCAAGAAUUGGAUUUUCGAACCGAGACCGAGACUUCUGAGAAGCCGCCACGCGGCGAGGCGCACCCGCGGCAGCAAUCGCGCAAGUGUUUUGUGUUUUGUAAAUUGGCCAAUUGAUUACGCGGGACACCCUCCCCCCUCAUACGCUUUGCUCCGGUUUGCGUACUACUGCAUCUGAUAGUACGAGUGGAUCUGGAUACGUGCUGGUUUGAAGGACGACGACGCAACGACAUGAAGCUGGCCGUGGUUUGUUUGACCGUGCUGGUGCUGCGUGGAGCGCUGGCCAUUCCGCCGAAAUCGGAACCGACGAUCUCCGAGUGUACGGCCAAGGGCGGUGAGUGUGACGAGAGCAAGGGGCGGCCAGUCUGCGGCACAGAUAACCAGACCUAUCCGACGCGGUGCCACCUGAUCCGGGCGCAGUGCAGUGGCCACCAGGUCAGCCUCAAGCACCGGGGCACGUGUAAAGAUGUCUGCCUUGCGUCGAGGACGUAUGCCCUGCAGCACCGGUCCAGCUCGCCGUACGGCGUCAAGUUCGUGCCGCGCUGCCGCGAGGACGGAACGUACGCCCCGGUCCAGUGCCUCGAGAGCGUCGGCUGCUGGUGCGUCAACGGCCAGGGCAAACCGCUGCCCAACACGACGGUCCAGCACGGCAAACCGGUUUGCGUGAAGAAGGGCAAAUCGAACCAGCGCCGAUCCUCGCCCCGGAAUCCGGUUAGGAACAAACGCAGUUGCUCUCGCAUGGACCGGGCGGAAUUUAAUCGGAAUCUGUUGAAGCUGUUCGAGAACGAGCACAUUCGGGUGCACCACCAUCAGAGCGCGAAGAGCGCUGGGCUGACGGAGAAGAGCGUGCUGGACUGGAAGUUUGGCUCGAUCGACGGCAACAAGAACGGCAUGCUGGACAAGAACGAGUACCGGGAGCUGAAGCGACUGAUCAAGAAAGUUGUGAAACCGAAACGGUGCGGCCGAUCGUUUGGAAAGAGCUGCGACGCCGACCAGGACGAGCGGCUGUCCCGGCUGGAGUGGUCCAACUGUUUCUCGAAAGAUAACCUAACACCCGAGAUGGAGCACCACUACCCAUCAUCUUCAUCAUCCGGUUCGUCCGGCGGGCUGUUCCACGGCCAGCAUCCGGCGGUCAGUGGCGGUGGUGGAGGUGGCACGGUAAUCGGUGUCGGUGGCUCCUCCCCCUCCUCACAUCACUCCUCUAGCUCUAGCUCUAGCACUAGCUUCCUCCGGUACGACGAGUCACAGCAGAAUGGCUCCACCGAUUACACUGAAUUUGAAGAUGAAGACGAUUACUCAGAAAAUGACGACGAUUCGGACGAACUGCCCGAUAGUGAUAACACGCUACUAAACGGACUGCACUUUCGCAUUGCCGACAAGCGGCUGCAGCCCAAUCUGUUGCUGCAGGCCAAAACGACAAUGGAGCUACGCGGCGAGCAGGAUCCCAUCUUCAAGGACAGCGAGGCCGAGUCGGACUGCCUGAGUGACCAGGCGGCGGCCCUCGAGGAGCAAAGGAGUGGAGCGACCGCCCUGUACGUGCCGGAGUGUACCGCCGACGGCCGGUAUCAACGGGUGCAGUGCUACCGAUCGACCGGCUACUGCUGGUGCGUGCACGAGGACACGGGCAAAAACAUUCCCGGCACGUCGACGAAGGACAAGCGACCCCAGUGCGACGUCUAUCCGGGUGUUGGAGGUCGGCAGAUGCGGGGCUGCCCGGACGACAAGAAGCUGGAGUUUCUGCGGGAUUUGAAGGACUUUUUGAAGCAGCAGAUUGCGAGCAACUCGGUCACGGCUGCAAACAACACCAAGUGGGGCACGGAAGACGAGAAGAUCGCCACGCUCAGCUUCGUCCUGCUGGAUAAGAACAAGAACAAGGUUUGGGAGCGCAAGGAGUGGAAGACCUUCCGGGAGCUGGUGACGGCGGCCAGGCAACUGCGCAAGUGUGGCAAAAAGAUGCCCCGAUAUUGCGACGUGAACAACGACCGCAAAAUCACGCUGUCCGAGUGGCUCAACUGCCUGCAGACCCAGCGGACGCCGUACGUGGACAGCAUGGCUUCCCCGAAGAGUGCGUCCUCGCCGUCGGCGUCGGCAUUCUCCUCAGCUUCCUCCUCCUCGUCGGGAGGUCCGUCGCUGUCCGACUGGAAGCCAUCGCUGUCCACGUCCAAGUUCCGCGGGCCAAACCCGCUCGAGUCGGUCCUCAAGAGUGACUAGGGGGAAUGGGAGACGAGAAUCUGCACACGAAUGAGACUUAAAACAAACUCUGUCGACGACGAUCGGAGGCAGGUGCCCAGGUUGCUGCUUCCUUCCUGGCCACGGAUAUUAUCCGAAAAAAGCCCCUUUUAGAGAUAUGGCGGGUUGAUUUGAGAGCGAGUUGAAAACUGAGUGCUAGUGCCAUGUUCUACGUAGUUAAGGUUGUUAGCGAUAAAAUUGUCAUUAUCGACGAUUGUUUUUCAAACUCAAAAGUCAUGCUAUUUUGUCAAACAAAACUCACUCAGAAAUUAAGUUUGACAAUCUUCACUAGAAAUAAAAUCGUCGUCGAUAGACAAUUUUAUCAUAACCUUGACUAAACAGCAAUAACAGUAAACGAGUGCACCCUUUUGAUGGCGAAAAGCAAUUAUCAUAAACGAACAAACAAUUGUGUAUCAUAUACGAUCAAAAGUACUAUCCUUCCCAAUACGCAAUGUAACAAAAAGUUUUCUCAUUUUGUCAAGUGAAAAACCAUGCGUCUCCAUGAACUACACAAAGUGGUGAAGAUGGAGCCGCAUGGCAGUUCAUCUACAAAAUCUGUUACAUUGCGACUUCCCCCCCUUCCCCCAUUCCUCAUGAUACCAGUGAUAUUUUCGCACUUUAUAUCGCACUCUUAAACUAAAUCAGCGAAUCAAAAAAACAUGUUUUGCUUCUAAACCUACUUUUACGAACAAGAAGAAGAAGGCGCAUAAAUGUCCGUUGUGCUGAGCUGAGUUAGCAAAGUAGCAUUUUAAGCAUUUAGGGUACGCGAGGGAUUGUCGCCCCCCACGGAAAAAAGAAAAAGAUUCGUAUCAAUGAAAUCAGUAUUACACAGUGUGUCGUCAAUAAUAAAAUGAUUACGAGGGUGGGGUGACAAUCCAGAGUUGACGGUGCAGGAGAGGGGUUAUUUUUUUUUGUUUUGUUACGAGCGAGACGGAAAUGCAGAUGGGGUCACAGGCGAACACAGUAUAUGUGCUACAAUUGAACUAAAAGUGCGUGUGAUAUAUGUUAUUUAAUUUAAAGUGUACGUUAUUUUUUAGACUAUAUUUGUACGAGCGAAUCCCAUUUUUUUUAAAGUUAUUUUAUAGCAAUGUUAGCCUCCGUGUUUUGAGUUUGCGGCUUGAAUCAGCAAACUAUUUAAAGAGAAUAUAAAACACAUACUGAAAGAGAGAGGGGAAACACUCACAAGCGGAAGCCGUACAUUACAGGAGACAGUUACGCAGUUCAGGCAUCCGAAUUAAAUAUUUAAUAUUUAACAUUCUCAAGAAAA